CGCCGCCUCAGACCUGUCGUCUGCUAUCGCGCGAACAGCUGCGGACCACGCUCAAGGAUUGUUAUCACUCUGCUAAAAAAAAAAAAACAACAGAUAAAUGAGCGUAGCCUUGUAUUUUUGAGCUGUUUUAGUGUUGUUGGGAUUGUUUAUUAUUUCAACACAGUACCAGUUUUUUUUAAAUUUUCAUUCGAUGCACACAGUGUGUACAAUUUGUAGAGGGAAAUAAUUUUGAAAACAUCGCCAGUCUACUGCGUGUGUUGUGCGGAAAAAUUUUCCCGGCGGUCAAGGUUAGAAUAGAAUAACAAAGCUAGUCAUUGUAGUGAUCAAGAAGUGUUGAGCACAAUUGUACCAUGGGUGGCAAGAGCAGUAAACUAAAGAUAAAGAAAAUGAAGAGUGAGGAGGGGGAGAACGGAGAGGAACAAACACAGGAGCAGACCACUGAGCAAAAAGAAGGGGACACAACUGAGAAGAAGCCUGAAGAAAAUGGCGCAACAGUGAAAGAGAGCGAAGAAGGUGAAAAUAAAACAGAAACACCAAAAGAAGAAACACAAAGUCCAGUCUCUGAAACAAUAGCUCCCCCAACUGCUGCUUCCCCACAGACAGAGUCCCCACCCCCAGCAGAGCCUGCCUCACAGGAGGAGCCUGCCAAGGCUGAGACUAAAGAGGAAGAGAAGAAGGAGGAGAAGCCAUCAGAACCAGCCACACAAGAAGAGCCUGCUAAGCCAGUGGUGGAAGAGGUGAAAGUAGAGACAGCAACACCGGCAGAGGAGUUGCUGCCCUCUGCAACUGAAGAUAACAAAACUGAAGCAGCCUUAAAACAGACAGAACCAGAACAGCCUGCACCAGAACAGCCUAAAGAGCCAGUAGCACCAGAACAGCCUGCUGCACCUGAAGAACCUGCAGCACCAGAGGAGCCUGCAGCUCUGGAGGAGCCCACAGUGCCAGAAGUUUGUCCACAAGCUGAGCUGCCCCCACCUCCCCCAGUACCCUCAGAGCCUGAACACACUGUGGAGUCUGAGGCAGCAGAAGUUCAGACUGAACAGGGAGAAGGGGAAAGCACUCCAGCUGCACCUUCUGAUACAGAUGCAUCUGGAGCAGCUGCAAGUGGAGCAGAAGACAGGACAGAAACGGGCGAAACAGCUGCACCUAGCGAAGAAUCCCCACUAGAGUCUACAGUGACAACAGAGUUUAAGUGGGAGGAUGCAGGAGAGACUGUUUUUGUCAGUGGUACCUUCAAUAACUGGCAAGAGAACAUCCCUCUCACAAAGAAUGGUGAUAUUUUCUCAAAAUCGGUGGAGUUGCCAGUCGGAGAAUACAUGUACAAAUUUUUAGUUGAUGAAGAAUGGAAAAUCAGCAAAAAAAUGCCAACCAAAUGUGAUGAAAGUGGACAGGAAAACAAUUUUAUUGUUGUGGAGCUAGGGAGUUAACCUGUGGGUUCCCAUCAGUUUCAGGUGAAUGUGUGGUACACCUGUCCUCUCCAGGUGAAUGUGUGUUACAGACUGUGGAGUCAUGUGCUGUUAAGAUUUUCCCACUUGGUUUAUUAUUUUUUUUUUUUUACAUUUUUUUAAAAAUAUUGAAUUAUGUUAGUUUGCUGUAUUAAUACAUGCUCAAUUUUAUUUAUCAAAUUUUAAUAUAUAAAAGAUGAAUUAAUUAGAAAAAUCGAAAAACAAAACAAUUUCAAGAAAAUGAGUGUACAUUUUUGCAGAUGUCUUAUUAAGUAAGGGAUAAAGCAGAACAUUGUUAUUGUCUGUUUCACAUUUAUUACUGCGUAUAUCAACAACAAUGCUUAAACAUUUUUUAUUUCAUUUAGGUAUUCAAUAUUUUUUUCCGGAUUUCAUUUAAUGAAAAUCAUACAUUGCAGCUCAAAAAUUAAAUUAUAUUUUUGAAAUAUCUUCAUUUAAUAUUUUAUUUAUAAAUAUUGUAUAAUAAAUGUUAAAAUUUUUUGUUGGAAUUUAUUUUAAAGUUUAAUAUUACCCAAACUUAAUAAACAAUUUUCAACAGAUUUCAUGACAUUGUGUACCUCUUUAUUUUAAAGUUUAAAAUUACAAUAAAAAUUACUUGGAAACGUAUUCACUUUCUAAUUAUUAUAACUUUUAAAACUAUUUUAAAGCAAUAUUAUUUAGUUUUUCUAAUUUUUUUUUUUUAAAUAAAAAAAAAUUAUAAAAAUUGUUUGCUUCAGAGAGAAGAAAAACUUUUUUUUAAAAAUGUAUUUUUAACCAGUAUAAAUAAGCAAAAUAAAACAUGAUGGUACCAAGCAGAGUGUUUAUAUAAAAACUCUCAACCCAUAUCCAGGUUCACUACCAUGUUUAUUCAUAUUUGCUGAAUGACUUGCACAUGCCAUAUUGUUCUCAUAAAAUGAUACACUAAUAGUUAAUGCAAUGUCAUCAUAUUUGUUUUCAAGUGACAUUAAUAACAUUGUGGCAAAACUUAACUGUACAUAGGCCAAAAAAUGCAUUUCCUCCCUUUUUUUCUUACUGAUUUGAGUGGACAUGAACAUAUGACUGCUGUGGUGUCUUUGUACAAACAAAUGUUCAUUAUUUAAAUAGAUGUAAUGUUGUAUAAGUGAUUAGAAUGACCAUUUGUCUUAUUGAGAUGACAUUUUUUUUUCUAAACAUGAGUAGUAAUGUAAAUUAUAAAUAAAUUUCUGUUUAUCAUUAGUACUACCCUUUUUAUUCUAGCCUUUGUAGCACUGGUAGGGUACUACUUAUGCAACAUGUAGAUACUUUUUGAGUGUACUUUUGAAAAUAGCUUCUGUCCAAUAUUUGUGUUAAUGUGUAGGAAAAGUUGCCAUGCUUUUACUAUAAUUUUCACUAUUGCUUUUACUAUCCCCACUUUGGUGGUAGAAAAAAGGGUUUGGGGCAUUUCUUAAGUUUUAUGCAAGUCACCUCAAUACUCAUAACUCUUGUUACAUUAUCAUAAAAGUCAAAGAACAUAGCAGGGGUAUUUUUCAGGUGAAAUUAAAAUAUUUUUUUAAUUAACCGGGAAAGUUUGAGUACUGUUGGGAUUAGCAGGUAUUUUGAAAAUAAUUUUCUUUUGCUUGAAUAGUUUUUGAAGAGGGUUUCUGGUUUUCAUUCUAGUUAUAUGAAAAGUAAAAAAUGGUAUGUGAUUAAAAGUUUUAUUAAGAUAAAUUCUUAGCAAUGUUUCAGUAUAUGAAACAUGAACUGUAUAAUUUUGAAGUAAACUUGUGGAUUUUUAACUUUAGAUUUUUAAGUUUGAAAUAUUGUCUAUUGAGCUUGUUAAAAUAUUUUUAAGACUUAGAAAUUUCCUUGUUGGAUAUGUAAAAGUAACUGUGCUUUGAAUAUUUCAAAUUGAAUUUAAUGUUCAAAUGGAAUAAGUGGAAUAUAUUGUACUUGUAAAGAUUUUUUUUCUUUGUGCUGUCAUUGUUUUCCUCUACUACUUUAUGUCAAGGUAUUUCCUUACAAUAAACAUUUGCAUUCAGGUUGACUUGUUUUCACAGCUUCUGUUUACUUUUUUCAAACAAAUUCCAAACAAGUUUGGAAAAAAAAGUUCAGCAUUGGUUUUUAUUUAUACGUUGUAAGCACUAAAGUAUUUUGAAUAUUGCUAAUAUUAAAUAUAUACUAUGUCACUAUGUGGCUGAAAUCACAAUAAAAUCUACAUCGUGAUUCAUCUUCUUUCACCUCCUGUUUUUUUUUUAAAGGAAAUUUUUUUUUAAAAUAAUAGUGUUGUAUCAGCUGUUACAUUUUCAGUGAAAGCGAAAAAUAUUUUUUUAAAAAUAGACGUGGUCACUUGUUGACAGUUAUAAUUUUUGCAGUUUUGACAUCCGAUUAAAUUGUAUCUGUGAAUUUACAUUCCGUAGCUUAAGAGAAAAUGUUGCAGUUAUAGUAGCUUAAGAAAACCAUGCAGAAACUGAGUUAUUUUUCAGAUGCACAUACGUGACAAUCAGCAAUUUUGGUCACACAUUUGAAGAAUUGAUGUAAAUCUUUUUAGAUGAGAAUCAAUGUUGAUGAUGUCAGUAAACACAGGAUAUAUUUUGUUUACAUUUAUGUUAAUUAAAGCACCCAGAUAUUGCAGCUACUGUCUAUACUGAACAAAUGAUUAAGAAAACUGGCAGUCAACUCAAGUAUCUAUAUACAACCUUGUUAUCAAAUACGAGUGCCUAUGUUAGUGUCUUUUUGAAUUUUUUUAAGGUCAUUUUUUUUUUCAUUAUUACUACACAAUUUCUUUGAUUGAUCAACUAUUUUAGAAAUUUUUUUUUACUCUUCUAUUACAAAGAAUCUUCAAGUACUUUGUAUUUCUGUAUGCUCGUUGUAAUAAAGUUGUGAAAAAUG